AGAGGAGUAUAAAUAGGAGGAGCCGUUUGGGAGCGUGUUGUUUUUGUCUAGAAUCAGCUCAGAAAGCAUCGCUGGUGAAGACUCUCAAGUAAAAUAAGUUAGUGGGCUUGUUGUUUGGAGUCAUGUGGAAGGCGCUCAGCCUCACCCUAGCUCUCUGCGUCCUGGCGGGCUGCAGUGCAGAGAGCGAGACGGAUGGAGCCCGCUGUAAACUUCCUCCUGUGUGGAAGGUUGGGGAGGUGGAGCCCAUGAAGAACGCUCAUGGACAUGUGACAGUGGUGGCUUACUUACAGGCCAGCUGACUGUUCUGCUUGGAGCAAGCAUCAAAGCUUAAUGACUUGCUCCUGAAGUUGGAGAACCAAGGUUAUGUAAAUAUAACCUACAUGGUGGUAAACAACCGAGAAGAACGGUCCCAAAAUCUGCACCACUUGCUCGAAGAAAGACUGUUAAAUAUCACCCUUUACGCCCAAGACCUCAGCCAGCCAGAUGUCUGGCAGACCGUGAAUGCUGAGAAGGAUGACAUUUUGGUCUAUGACAGGUGUGGCCGACUCACUUACCAUCUGUCUCAUCCAUACACCAUCCUGAGCCACCCACAUGUGGAGGAGGCUAUAAGAAAAACCUAUUGUGAUGGCAUUUGUGGAGAGUGCAACAUAGAGAGUUCACUGCAACUUGAAGAGUGCAAGAAAUCCACAGAUGUGAAUACACCAGCAGAUGAAGAACGGCCUCACCAUCCCGAUCAUCAUGAUCAUCACGAACACGGUCAUCAUCACGGUAGUGCGGAAAGGCAUAGGCAUGGUGGCUCCCACCAUCACCAUCCUCACCAUCACCACCACCACGGCCAACAACAGGUUGAUGUGGGUCAGCAGAUCCUGACCCAGAUUGACUUUGGUCAGGUAGCCGUUAAACAACCAGUGAUGAAACGACCUUGAGCCAAGCACACUAGGUGAAAAGUCCAGUUCAGCUGACAGCAGGGGGCAGACUCUCCUGUGGCCAGCUGAUGCUGACACUGACGACAGCUCUUUGGUGGGGAGGGCAGUGGGCACGUGGCAGGCCUCUGACACUGUGAGGAGACUCUUCCAGCCUCCUGACACUGACAGGGCCUGAAGGUGGAGGGCAACAACAUCAGGGAGACCUGACAGUGACGUCCCGCCCACCCCACUGAAUGAGAGCCGUCGCAAUCAACCUGAGCCUGACCAGCAGGGGACGCUAGUUGAGUAUGACAAGAGAAGUAAACAGGGCCGUUGCCUUGGUUGCAAAAUUGUCUGAUCAUUUAUAGCUUCACGGAAACAUCAGUGAGCCCGGCACUGCUGGUCAGCGCUCUCGUUUUAUCUACCAACUAGUAUUUACACCUCAGCGUGUGGCAGCACUGGACCUUUGCAUCCCAUUCUGAAUGAUUCGCAAAUUGGUUCUUUCUAAUGGAAGCUAAACAAUUCAAUCUAAAUAACCUAGUUUUUGAUAUUUUUCUGGUUAAAUCUGUUAUAUAACAAACAAAACGAUCUGACUUUAAUGGGUCCAGUGUCUGUUUUCUUCUGAGAGUGUGUCAGGUUCAUCAUGUUAGUGUCUUUUCACCUCUAGAUGCUUUAUGUGGCAUUUAUGAAGGCAGGUGCGGAAACUAUGCUCUAGUGGUGCCUGUCCGAUGUUAGGCCAUACAGAGCAGAGGGCAAAGAUCACGUAACAUCCUGGAACCUUUGCUAUACCCAA